AUGCCGUUGGUUAUUUUCACAGGUAUCAAUCAUCAUUUCAAAUCUUGCUUAUUUGGGAGUGCCUGGUUGCCUAACGAGACUGAAGAAACCUAUACUUGGGCGUUGAAUAUAGUGAAGGAAAUGUUGGGGGGAAAUCCGCUACAUACAGUUGUCACAGAUGGGGAUAAAGCAAUGAGGAAGGCUAUUGCUAAUGUGUUCCCAAAUGCAACACAUCGGCUAUGUGCUUGGCAUUUGUCCAAGAAUAUCACUAGCAGGGUGAAGAACCGACCAGACUUUGAACCCCGAUGGAGUCACUUUGUAACUGCUGAUUACGAGCCAGGUGAAUUUGAGGAGAAGUGGAAUGCAUUGGUAGAGGAAUGUGAACUCCAGAACAACCAAUGGGUGUCGAAAAACCUAUAUGGGAGACGUAAUGAAUGGGCGGACACAUACUUGCGCUCCCACUUUUUUGCUGGGUUGAAAACCACAUCAAGAUGUGAAAGCAUGAAUGCAGUUGUUGCUAGGUAUGGACAUGAGAGGAUCAGUUUGCUCGACUUUUUUAUUCAAUACGACCGAUGGAUCAGGGACAUGAGGGAGACAGAGGUUAGAUUAGACUUUGAGUCUAAUUAUGGUUUAGUUCCGGUAAAGAACACAAUCCUAUUGCCCCUGGAACAAAGUGCAGCGAAGCUUUUUUCAAAAGCUGCAUUUAUAAAAUUCAAAGCUGAGCUGGAGCAGGUUAUUGGAGUCAUAAAGGAUAAGCAAACUGAAGAGGGGAAUUUACACACCUACACUGUAACCAUGUUCAACAAAGAUAAGGCCGUGGAGGUGAAGUACAACAUUGAAACGAAAGAUUUGGAGUGCAGUUGUGAAAUGUUUAAGAGUAUUGGAAUACCGUGCGCUCAUAUGAUCUUUGUUCUGAAAGAAGAAAGGGUGAAGAGUUUUCCUGAAAAACUUGUACUCCGACGUUGCUCAAAGAACCCUAAGUCAUUAACCACUCUUCCAAAACCCGUUUCAUUGGGGGAUGACAACAGUUUCAGUAUUAGGUACGGGUCACUACAGUUCUCCACUAUGCGAUUCUGCUUAUUGGGGGCAGAGUCUCCUGACUCUUAUCGUCUGGCUCAAGGGGAGUUGACAGCAGCAUGCAACAAGUUGGAGAUGCAAAAGAAAACCCCCGCCGAGAGAGAAAAGAUUGUCAUACCCGACAAGUUCAAAGGUGUAUUGAAUCCUAAACAAGUGAGGUUUAAGGGCUGUAGGAAAGGAAAAGGGAAAAAACAGCUUAAGAAAAAAAGAAGAAAGUGUGGAAACUGCGGGCUAAGGGAUGGGCAUUAUAGGAGCACUUGUACUAACCCCCCAGCCGACGUGAUAGAAUCUCAGUCAGAUGAGGAGGAUGAGGAUGAAGAUGAUGACAUGGACGAUGAUGGGGACGAUGAUAGAGAUGACGGAGAAGAUGGAGACGAUGAUGAAGAAGAUGACCAAGGUGGUCAACCCCCAAAGAACCAGCGAACCAGUAGGCAUAAUACAACUGUAGAAUCCGUAGGAAAAAGUCAGCCACCACAAAAGAUCGGGGCACGUACUAGGAGUAAUACUAUGCCUAGUCGACAAGAGAAGGGAGCUAAGCAGCAUACGAGACAUAGUGCUGAACCUUCCACUAAGUAUUCAGAAAGUCAAACUCAAAAAGCUCAACAGAAGAGGGGACAUGGCAAGAAGUUGAACAACAUAGACAGGGCAAGAAGUUGA